CAUCCUCGCUAUUGCCUAGGCGGAUAGUGACGGAGGGAGAUCUUAUCACCGAAUUCCGCGACCGGGUAGCCUUACUUGCGCGCAUAUAUCAGUCGGAGAAUCGAGGCACCACCAAAAGCAUCACAUAUGGAUGAAAUGGAAGAAGAAUUAAAAUGUCCCGUCUGUGGAUCUUUUUUCCGGGAGCCGAUUAUUCUGCCUUGCUCUCACAAUAUUUGCUUGGCUUGUGCUCGGAAUAUUUUAGUCCAGACCCCCGAUGCUGAGUCUCCGCAGAGCAGCCGGGCUUCUGGCUCGGGGGUCUCCGACUAUGAUUACCUUGAUUUGGAUAAAAUGAGCUUGUACAGUGAGGCGGACAGCGGCUAUGGCUCAUACGGGGGCUUCGCUAGUGCCCCGACCACCCCUUGCCAGAAAUCCCCGAAUGGGGUGCGGGUCUUCCCCCCUGCCGUCCCUCCUCCCCCUUCCCAACACCACUUGCUUCAACACCCCGGCUCCUUACCCCCUAUCCCCCGCAACUCCUGCAUCACCUGCCCGCAGUGCCAUCGCAGCCUCAUCCUGGACGACCGGGGGCUCCGCGGUUUCCCCAAGAACCGGGUGCUGGAAGGGGUGGUCGACAGGUACCAGCAGAGCAAAGCGGCCGCGCUCAAGUGUCAGCUUUGCGAGAAGAGUCCAAAGGAAGCUACGGUUAUGUGCGAGCAGUGCGACGUGUUCUAUUGUGAUCCAUGUCGCUUGCGAUGUCACCCUCCCCGGGGUCCGCUUGCAAAGCAUCGCUUGGUUCCGCCGGCACAAGGCCGGAUAAGCCGCCGGACUAGUCCUCGGAAAAUCUCUACCUGUACAGAACACGAACUGGAGAACCUGAGCAUGUACUGUGUGCAGUGUAAAAUGCCCGUGUGCUACCAAUGUUUAGAGGAGGGCAAGCACUCCACGCAUGAAGUCAAAGCUCUCGGAGCCAUGUGGAAACUUCAUAAGGGUCAGCUAUCGCAGGCUCUCAACAUUCUUUCGGACCGAGCCACAGAGGCCAAGGAGUUCCUGGUGCAGCUCAGGAACAUGGUGCAGCACAUUCAGGAGAACGGGGUGGAGUUUGAGGCCUGCCUGGUGGCACAGUGCGACGCCCUCAUCGACGCCCUCAACCGCCGCAAGGCCCAGCUCCUGUCCCGCGUCAACAAGGAGCACGAGCACAAGCUGAAGGUGGUGCGGGAUCAGAUCCAGCACUGUACAGUGAAGCUGCGCCAGACCACGGGGCUGAUGGAGUACUGCCUGGAGGUCAUCAAGGAGAACGACCCCAGCGGCUUCCUGCAGAUUUCGGACGCCCUGAUCCGGAGGGUUCACAUGACAGAGAGCCAGUGGGGCAAGGGCACGCUGACCCCCAGGAUGACCAGCGACUUUGACCUGACCCUGGACAGCGGCCCACUGCUGCAGACCAUCCAUCAGCUGGACUUCGUUCAGAUGAAAGUCUCAGUUCCCUCCACAGUCCCAGCAGCCCCCAUGCUGCAGCUGGAGGAGUGCUGCACCCAGAACAACAGCGCCACCCUGUCCUGGAAGCAGCCGCCCCUCUCCACCAUCGCCGUGGACGGGUACAUCCUGGAGCUGGACGACGGGAACGGGGGACAGUUUAGGGAGGUGUAUGUGGGGAAGGAGACCAUCUGCACGGUGGACGGGCUGCACUUCAACAGCACCUACAGGAGCCGCGUCAAGGCCUUCAACAGCAGCGGCGUGAGCCAGUACAGCAAGACCCUGGUCAUGCAGACCUCAGAGACCGGACUCCCCCCAUGUGAUAUAAAAACCAUAGCAACAGUUGCCUGGUUCACCUUCGACCCCGCGUCCGCCCACCCUGACAUCGUGUUCUCCAACGAAAACUUCACGGUGUCGUGCAACAGCUACGACGACCGGGUGGUGAUGGGAAACACCGGCUUCUCCCGCGGAGUGCACUACUGGGAGAUGAGCGUGGAUCGCUACGACAACCACCCGGACCCCGCCUUCGGGGUUGCCCGCGGAGACGUGCUGAAGGACGUCAUGCUGGGUAAAGACGACAAGGCGUGGGCCAUGUACGUGGACAACAACCGCUCCUGGUUCAUGCACAACAACUCGCACACCAACAGGACGGAUGGCGGUAUUGGUAAAGGUGCCACGGUGGGGGUGCUGUUGGACUUCACUCGCGGGAUCCUGCUGUUCCUGAUCAAUGAUGAGCAGCAGGGUCCCAUUGCCUUUGAGGGCAUGGAGGGGCUGUUCUACCCCGCCAUCAGUCUCAACCGCAAUGUGCAGGUGACCCUGCACACUGGAUUGCCCAUCCCUGAAUUCUACGCCCCGAGCGACCCAGACCCUCCAGGCUCAGUGUGUUAACGUCCCCAUAGCGACCGUUGGGUGGGGGGGGGGGUGCAUGGCCCUGGACUUACACAGACUCAUCUGUCUCCACCUCUGCGAUUCACUGUACUGCAGCCUAAACUCCCCAGAAGACUACAUGUGGGAGACCGUGAUAUCCCAAAACCCUCCAUUCAUAUGAUCGUUGCCAAACCCCCUCGCCCCACCCGCCUUCCCCCUUGGCCUCCUGUACACUACAGCGGAAGAUGGAGUAAAGAGAAAGAUAUUUUGGUUCGUCUGCAUUUAGCAUUCAGUGUUUAGAUUUAUAUUUUUUACGUGCUUUUAUCUAAAUGAAAGUUGAUCUACCGUGAGGACUGUCUUUUGCUGGUGCCCUUGAACCGCACAACCUGUUCCAUUGCUGAACAUGACAAUGCUGGCAAGUAAAAUCAUCAUCAUAAUCAUCAUCAUCAUCAUCAUCAAUCCCUUUUCAGCAAACCAUGAGGCUGAGAGAGUGUCUGCUCUGACAGGCCAUUUUACCACCAAAAAGGGUCAUUACUUCAGAUUGACACUAGGUGGCAGCAAAGUGCAUAAUCCCUGUGAUCGGGCUGAGGACUGUGUACAUAGCUGUUGCUUUUGCUCCUAAAUUGGCUGAGUUGUGUAAUACCCUGAAUAGCAAAUUCCUAGAGCCUGGCUAGGACUGAAUUGCCCAUCACUGUGUUUCCCGUGUGAAAACCCUCGACCAAGAUCCAGAGUGGGUUACGCAGAACCCGUUCUGUCCCUACGCAAUCCCAAAAUGUGAUUCUGUUUACCUCGGGAGGAGCACAAGACGCAGGAGACGGUGCUGCGGCCCAUUACAAAUAAUUAGGAUUUGGGUAUUUUUAUUUUUUUUUGUAUGAAGUGGAAUGGUGCCUAGUUGACUUGUGUAAUGAUCCCUGGCAAAAAUCAAUAACUUUUCUUUGUAUUGUUUUAUUAUCUCUAAUGUGGGGCGCUGUAAGUGGCUUGCUUGUGAACUCCUGUCAUAAUUAUACGGUGAUUUUUCAGUCUAAUUAACGAGCGCUCUGCCAUAGUUGUGACUGUACAGAGUCUGUGCUGCUUCUUCAGGAAUCAGGCUCUACUUCUACAGAUUUUUCUGUUUGUUUUAUUUCCUACAUUGAUGUGUCAUUUUUGGCACAGUCUUCAUGAGGUGCUACAGCUGCUGGCUUCUAUCAAUUUGGUUACAGUAGGUGACCUAAGUCCUAGUAGUUUUUGUACUUUUGUUCAUGGACUGCCCUAAUGUAUAAAAUGUAUAAAAAAAUAAGUUAUUGGUGUUAAGAGUGUCCUCUCUGGGGCUUCUCUGCUUGAUUUAAACGUCAUUGUACUAUUUGUGAGCGUUCAAAACUUUAUGGAGUUUAAGGAAGCCAAAAUGUGCAAACAUGUUACAUAAGAAUACAGCUGCCCAAAAUCUUGCAAAAUAUUUACUUUGAAAAGAUCCCUUCCCCCAGAAAAGAGUUUGUGUGAGUGUGUGUGUGUGCAAAUAUAUAUAUAUAUAUAUAUACAUGUAUAUAUAUGUAUAUGCAUGUUAGGAGCUGUGGACAUGAUUGAGAUGAUUGCAGGGGCAUUGUUGUACAUAUUGAGAAAUGCUCUCGCAAAAAAAAAAAAAAUACAAAUAUGUUAAACCAUAUGAAUGUAUUUUAUUCAUCAAUAGUAUAUAUUAAUGAGAGUCUUCUGAGGGAUAAAUGUCACUGAGAUGCUUACCAACGAGCAGCAUAAUUGAACAAAAGGUGCUAUAUGUAAAAUAAAACCACAAACAUUGUGCCUUUUCCCAGGAAAAGUUCAAUGGACCUACCUUUCCAUUAUGCUUCAUCUCAAAAAUUACAGAUUUAAUUGCCUCACCUAAACGGCUUUGUUGACCAGACACAGGGACCUAUUUGGAGUGACUAAUUCAGUUCAACAAUGAAAGGCCUGGGACUGAAGGAAAAACAACAGACUCCUCCUACCCUUCACACCUGGCCAGCCGUCAGCUGCUUUAGCUGAAUUCAGCUUGCUUUCAUCGAGCAAGUGUACAAACAAGUUUAUCCUUCAGAUAUAACCAUAGGAUCCCUCAGUGCUGGGCAGUGACAGUCUGGUACUUUAUGUCAUUCUCCUCUUAAGAGUCCCAGGGUUGGGCAUGUUUUUGAGCGGUUGGGAGAAAUGGUAACAGUGGCUUUACACCGCAUGCAGUUGCGAUUACUCAGUAUGUACCAAUGUGCCAUUCCCUUCCUGUCUUAGCAGAGCCAGCUGAGACACGGGGGUUCAGCCAUUUCUUGUAGGACCUGUCUUACUGUUCAGAGUCAGAGUGAUAAACUGUUGUUGGUGAUCAGAUGCCACAGUGCCACAUUUAACACAGGGCUCUUCAUCAAAUUAGGCAUCGUUAAAUAAUGAGACUAAUUAAAUUAAUUAGUUGACACUAAUAGAGCUAUUAGGAAGGAAAUUCUGAUACGAUCACUCUGUCCUAGAUGAAUUGUGUGUGUGUGUGUGUGUGUGUGUGUGUAUGUGGGGGAGGGGGGGGUUGUUAUAUUUCAGAACAGAUCUUGCGCCAUUUUGAAAGCACGGUUAUUGGUAAUCACUCAAGCUUUGAGGCGGCGACAUUUCCUCUUCUGAAGCUUUCAAAUGAGGCUGUUGAACAAAUACUAGAAAAAACCUGACAGCAAAGAAAAAACAGGCAGAAAAAAGAAAAGUGAAAAACCUGGGUACUCCAGCUGUUUGAUUAAUGUCCUUGAUAUUGUAUUGACUGUAACUUGAUUUGUUGGAGAAAUAAGUGCUGUGUGACAAGGCAAACCAUGCUCAUUUAGUGGAUGCAGAUUUUCCACACGGUUAAACUUAAUCUUGAUCAGCAAUACUUAAAGCACUAAUGAGGCAUCCCCCUUCGUCCUCUUGUUUGCAGCUCUGUAGUAAAGUGAUGAUGGAGAGAAGGCGCUCUUUGAAAACAUCCCUUCUUAACCUCAUAAUAUCUACAAGGUCACUGUUAAUGGGUCACUGCGUAGACAGUCUGAACAUCUUUGGUUCUGCUUUGUAAUCCAGACAAAUGCUGGCAUGCAUUACAUCAUGUUCCCAGGGUGGCGUAACUAGGUCAAGAGAAGCAAAGCAAUUCAUUUUCUUUUAUUGUUGUUUUAGCAAGUGCUUCGAUUCAUUCAGGUCAACCUAACAAAUCCUUCAAAUACACAAUAAUUGUAUAACAAUAUCAUUUUUAUGAUAUUUCAAGCUUGAAAAGAAUAGUGAGAUGGUUUUAAACUUUUGUAUGAUGGGACCACGGUCAAACUGUUUAGUUUUUUAUUAUUAUUAUUUUACUUGCAUAAUGGAUUUUAAAUAUUCCAUAAUUUACAUACGUAUCCACAUGACCUCCCCUUGAGAGCUGUUAGGUAGUGUGAAUAACAAAAGUGAAGAUUUGAGUUAUUUAGCAUGGAAUGUGUUGUUUUGUAGAACUGGAAAAUUAACUGUAAGGAUUUUGACUAAUUUGUGUGUCCAAUAACUUUCGAAAGAUAAACCCAUCUUCUUAAAAGCUUGGUUGGCAGCAAGAGGAAACUAUGGCCACGAAAACGGUGCCAAAGCCCAGGGCUUGAUAGCGAGACUCUCUCUGUCCAAGAAGAACACUGACGCUCUGUCAUCUUGGUACACGGAUCUCUCUGGUGCCCUAGAUUUUAAGCAUACAAAAUAAGUAAUAGAGACAAAUAUAUUGUCGCUGGACGACAACCGCAGUUCUUUCAAUGUGUGGGGUGAGCACGGCAGUGCCUGUGUCAUUGCGACAUUCUUUUCACGGUGAUUGUGACCACGUGCUCUAGAUUAAAGUACUGUCCGGCUGGUGACGUAGAAUGUAAUGUAUUUCUUCACCUCCUUGUAACACUGCUUGUUAUUUAUAUAAUGAUUUGCUUAUUAUUGGUGGCUUAAAUUGAUGUUGUUGUUAUUAUUAUUACGUCUAUUAUUAUUAUUGAUGUAUUAUUAUUCCAACGCUUGGUGUUUUCUGUUGCGGUAUAUAAAUAAAUAAAUUCGUUACAGUGCUA